CAAGCACCUUCUCUAGCCGCCCAAGCCACCAAAUGGCCUUGGAAUGUCUCCUUUCCAACAUACCAAGCAUGGCUCCCUCCAAAUCUAGAACCCUUCCAUCCCUCCAACUUUUGCUGCCCCUCUUCCACCUGCUGUCCAUCCUAAUCCCCCUUGCAAGCCCACUCUCCUUCAACUACUCUGGUGAGGAUCUGAACAUUGGCAAGAUGAUUUACCAGGGUGACGCCUUCUUCGACGGCAGCAUCGUCCAACUCACCAAGAACCAGGCCCACAUGAACCUUAAGAGGAGCUCCGGAAGAAUGGUAUAUCCUGAACCAGUGACUCUCUAUGAUGAAGCUUCCGUCAUCAACUUCACUACAUGUUUCUCCUUCUUUAUCUAUGGCUUCAAAAGAGCAGUCAGUGCUGAUGGACUCGCCUUCUUCCUCUCGUCAUACCCUUCGGCAAUUCCCGAUUUAUCCUGCGGCGGAACUCUCGGUCUGUUUACCAGUCCUGAUGGCAACAAAACGCUCCCGAGUACUGUCGUUGCUGUCGAGUUUGAUACCUUCUUCAAUCCUCAGUACAAGGAUAUAAGCGCCAACCAUAUGGGCAUCGACGUCCACACGAUAUACUCGGUUGUGCAGCUGGACUUGAAAGCUAACAUGAGAAAGAACACGACGUUCAACGCGUGUGUUAAUUACAGAGCUAGUACCAAAAAUUUGAGUGUCUUCCUCAGUAAUGCCUCAGAUCCUACGAGGAAUUGGAGCCUGUCUCAUGUUGUUGACUUGAGGAAGGUUCUGCCUGCUAAGGUAGCCGUUGGCUUCACAGCUGCCACAGGUAACAAGACCGAACAACAUAGCCUUGUAUCCUGGAAUUUCAGUUCCUCCGAUUUGAGUUCUCAGGGUUAUGGUUCUAGUCCAAGCCCUACUCCAGGAGCUAGACAUCUUUAUAUAUUUUUGGUGUUGGGUAUUGGCGCCGUGGUCUUACCAUGUGGG